AAAUACCCAGAGAAGUAGUGAGGGUGACGGAAGAGUCGUCUUCCGGAAGAACCAAAAGACCAGAAGGCUGAGGCCCUGAUUCGAACAAAUAGAACCGGGCUCAGAUAAUUUGGUCCAAGCCGGUCCGUACCAGUUGCAUAGACCCAUUUAUGAUUUAACAGUCUACAUGAACCCUGAUUUUCCUCCAACUUUGUGAGUUGAUCUCCCCUCUCUGCUUCCAUAGUUCCAUUCUUCCAGCUUCAUUUCUGCGUUCUCUUUGUAUUCUAAAUUUUCCAGCUUCUGAUUUGGUCGGAGCAUUGAGGGUCUCUGGGUAACUAUUUUGGCAUUAUCUCUUUCUUCCUUCACUUUUUCUUUCCUCUGGCUUUGAGUGGAAGUUCUGGGCUCCGUAAAGUGAAGUGGGUCUCAUUCGCGAAAGGAAACAGAAAGAAUGACUGGGAAGAGUUCACCACAUUUAUCUGUUGAGACAAAAAGUGACGAUGGCUAUUCAUUAGUUUUUAAACUCUCUGAGGAUGAUCCUUUGGUUGAGAAGAAGAAGAGAUUACUACCAAAGAAUGGUUAUGAAUCUGAGAUAAGGGUAUUCCUUUCAAGGUUCGAAUCAUCAGAAUGGGCAAAAUAUACAUUGCAAGAAGCUCUUCGGUUUGCAAGAAUCAUACACUUGGAUGAGACUGAACUUUACUUUGGUAGAGUUGAUCAACCACUGGAAUAUUACAGCCCUAAGAAUGAGCUGGAGUCACUCAACUCAAUCCUCUCACAAAUUGAUAACUUACUUUCAAGUUCUGCGCAUAAGAGAACUGGUAAUCUCCAUGAAUUACAUGAUGUAACUGUUGAUAUGAUAAGAGAUUUUGGGGACAAGAACUGUGAAGAAGUAAAGACUGAAAAGUGUAGCUGUGGUCCCGAGGAGACAUUAUUAGAGUGGGGUAAAAAAAAUGGUGCGAGAACGAGGUUGCAGAUUGCUCAUGUUGAAGGAGCGGGAAGAGGAGUGGUAGCAUCAGAAGAUCUAAAAAUUGGUGAUUCUUCUUUAGAAAUCCCUGAAUCUAUGAUCAUCUGUGAGGAGGUUGUUUAUGAAUCUGACAUGUUUCAUAUAUUGAAAAACAUCGACAACAUCACAACUGAGAAAAUGUUAUUGUUGUGGAGCAUGAAGGAGAGGUACUAUUCUGAUUCCAAAUUCAAGAUAUAUUUUGAGACAUUACCUGGAGCAUUUAAUACAGGUUUAAACUUUGGAAUCGAUGCACUUACUGCAUUAGAGGGAACAAUGUUGUUUGACGAGAUAAUGCACGCAAAAGAGCACUUGCGCAUACAAUAUGAGGAUUUGUUUCCCAUCUUAAGCAGUUUCCAUCCUGAUGUAUUUCCUCCAGAACUAUAUACAUGGGAGCAAUUCCUUUGGGCCUGUGAGCUCUGGUACUCAAAUGGCAUGGAAGUUAUUUUUACUGAUGGAAAGUUGAGGACAUGCUUGGUUCCUCUUGCAGGCCUUUUUAAUCAUUCGCUGUGCCCACAUAUACUGCAUUAUGGAAAAGUAGAUUCAGCAACAAAAUCCUUAAAAUUUUCUCUUUCAAGACCUUGUAGAGAAGGAGAACAAUGCUAUCUUAGCUAUGGGAACUUUUCUAGUUCUCAUCUUCUUACUUUCUAUGGUUUUCUUCCAAAUAGUGACAACCCCAAUGAUGUCAUUCAACUGGAUAUUGAUGACCAAAAUGCAGAUGAUUCCAGGCGCCUUUUGUCUGAUUGGACCACUCAUAUGGUGCGGGGGACAUGGUUGUCAACUAUUCAUGAUUUCUUCUAUUAUGGGUUGCCACCUCCAUUGUUAGAUCAUCUUCGUGGGACUAUUGAUGAUGAUAAGAUGCAUCCAAAGGCCUAUAAAAACUUGAGGAAUGAGGUGGAAGUCCUCAACAUGCUCAUAUCCAUCUUCAGUCCGAUGAUGGACGAAUUCGCUGAUCCGGAAGAUAUCAUUAGAGAGAAUCUGAACUGGGAUUUAAAGCUGGCAUUGGAUUAUAAAGAUCUCCAGAGGAGGAUCAUAUCUUCAGUUUUGGACUCGUGUUCUGCUGGUCUUGAAUUGUUGAACAACCAAUUAAGUAAGAGACCCAAUCCGAACUAUUUGUGCACACAGAAAAACUUGAGGAAUGAGGUGGAAGUCCUCAACAUGCUCAUAUCCAUCUUCAGUCCGAUGAUGGACGAAUUCGCUGAUCCGGAAGAUAUCAUUAGAGAGAAUCUGAACUGGGAUUUAAAGCUGGCAUUGGAUUAUAAAGAUCUCCAGAGGAGGAUCAUAUCUUCAGUUUUGGACUCGUGUUCUGCUGGUCUUGAAUUGUUGAACAACCAAUUAAGUAAGAGACCCAAUCCGAACUAGCUGAGGAGAGAAGUCAGUAAGAUGUUUAAGUAUGUGGCCCCCACUCCAGAGCUGGAAAACUGAUCUUCCCAAUGUAAAUCAAUGCUUUUUGUAUUGCAUCUUCCCCUAUCAUCCGUAAACUAACCCACCCCCACCCCAAAAAAAAAAAAAAAAAAUGAAUAGUACAUGAGGCAAGAGAUUGCUGUCUGGUCUUAUGGUCCCCGCAUCAGCAUGGAGCCAAUGAAAACACAAGCAGGGUCAUCAACAUGAAUGAGGAUUUUUUAUUUCACAAGGGUUGAGGUGGUAAUUUUGAGCAUAAGGCGAAGUUUAUUUAUUCCCUUAUAUUUUAUGCUUCUGUAAUGAUAUGCCUCGUGGGGCACAUAAACAAAAAUAGUCUUUUAAGGAACA